AUGUUUAGAUAUAUACGAUUAAUUAAAUAUGAUAUCAAAAAACAUUCAACAUUUAAACCUUCUGAUUUCAGAAAAUAUUCAACAUUCCAACCAUUCCAACCUCUUGGUAAUCUAGGAAAUUCAAGAAAAAAACUUAUGUUGGUGAAUUUACAAUUUCCUGGUUUCAGAAAAUAUUCAACAUUCCAACCUUCUAAUAAUCUAAAAAAUUUAAGAAAAAAAGUUAAUGAUUUGGAACAAAAUUUAAGAAAAGGAAUUAAUGAAUUGGAACAAAAUUUAGAGAUCCAAAGGGCUAGCAUUGUAAAUUGGGGAAAAGUAAUUAGUGAUGAAAUUAGUGAUGUGAAACAAGAAAUAGGACAAAAUUUAGGUGAAGGAAUUAAUGAAAUAGAACAAAAUUUUAGCGGAGUAAAACGCAAAAUGGAACAAAAGUUUAAAAAAGGAAUUAAUGAAAUGGAACAAAAUUUGAGAGAAGGAAUUAAUGAAAUGGAACAAAAUUUGAGAGAAGGAAUUAAUGAAAUGGAAGAAAAUUUAAGUGAAGUAAUUAAUGAAAUUGAACAAAAUUUAAGUGAAGAAAUUGAUGAAAUGGAACAAAAUUUAAGUGAAGUAAAACAAGAAAUGGAGCAAAAUUUGAGAGUAGAAAUUAAUAAAAUGGAACAAAAUUUGAGAGAAGGAAUUAAUAAAAUGGAACAAAAUUUAAGUGAAGGAAUUAAUGAAAUAGAACAAAAUUUAAGUGAAGCAAAACAAGAAAUGGAACAAAAUUUAAAAAAGGAAUUAAUAAAAUGGAACAAAAUUUGA